UCUUGAGUGAAUAGGGUCUUUACUGUAUAUGGGCUCGCCAAAUAACAAAUAGAAGGGGGAGAAGUGUCGAUGUAUUCAAUUUACCACUUUAAAAUUCCAGUGUGAUUCGUAUUGUGCAAUCUCAUUGGAAGGAGAGAAAGGCGAAAGAGAAGCGAGAGAAAAAACGCCUGCUCUCUAGUUUGCGCUGGGGUCCCCCGACGCAUGCAAUCACAGCCCCCCCUCCAGGGUGCUAUUUUGCAGGCACUGACGCACGCUAUUGGUCAGCGCCUGGUCAGAUGGUACGGUUUCCCUCUGUCCCGCACUGGCACGUCGCCACCCAGCGCCCCCCCUCAACUAAAACCCAAUCUCCGAUAAACUACUAAUAGCUAAACCACUUGGACUAUAAAACACAACAAAUCAUAAACCAAGGAAAAGAACCUGUACCCUCCCAAUGAGUUCCUAUUUUGUAAACUCAACUUUUCCAGUGACUCUGCCUGGAGGACAAGAGUCUUUCUUGGGACAGAUACCGUUAUACUCCUCCGGAUACACUGAUCCUUUAAGACACUAUCCCGGUGCUGCCUAUGGCGCUACCAGCGUUCAAGACAAGGCGUACCCAUCCUCAUAUUACCAGCAGGCGAGCGGUGCCUAUGGCCGGGCCAGCGCCGCCGGUGCAUGCGACUACGCAGCAGCCAGCUUUUACAGGGAAAAGGACCCCGCCUGCACCCUCGCCAGUAUAGAGGAACAUUCGCUCGUCCUGAGCCAAGACCAUCGCAAGACGGACUGCUCGGGGCAAAAUAAAAGCAUAUUCGGGGACAGCGAGGACCAGAAGCCCUCGACGCCCGUUUAUCCGUGGAUGCAGAGGAUGAACUCGUGUAACGGGACCUUCGGUAACCCUGGUCGAAGGGGUCGUCAGACGUACACCCGCUACCAGACGCUCGAGCUGGAGAAAGAGUUUCAUUUUAACAGGUACCUUACCCGUAGGCGCCGUAUCGAGAUCGCGCACGCACUGUGCCUAACAGAACGCCAGAUCAAAAUUUGGUUCCAGAACCGAAGGAUGAAGUGGAAAAAAGAGAAUAAACUGAUCAACUCUUCUCAGACCAGCGGAGAGGAGGAGGAAGAGAAGAGGUCAGAGUAAAGAAAAGAAGAAGACACAAAAAAAACGCAUAAAAUGGCUUAUGGCACCAUCUUCGAAUAUCCUACAAAUAUGAAGAUACUACUUUCAUAUGCCCAAAGUUCCCGCCGGUGAAGUUGUGUUUGUUAAAUUUGUUGUAGCAUUCCAGAAGUUCACUUAACUGUCUAUUUUUUUAUUGUCAUUUUAUGUUUCUUUAAAAAAAAAUCACAAUUCGGGUACCCGAAUGGCAGGUUUUUUUUGUGCACUUGCCUCUUGAUUUAGGAUGCCCCCCCCCCCCAAAAAAAUGGCCAUGUAUAACGAAACUAUUUGAAAUAUAUGUCAUAUUCGUGUUCAUAUUUAAACUGUAUAGAAAUAAAAUGAAAUUCUCAUUGUAUGGUGAAUGAAUGUAUUUCUUUUGUAAGUUAAAUACCCAGCCUUAUCUAGUUGUUUUGUUGACUUGUAUAGUUUCAUGGGGAGAACAAACUGAUCUACUGAUAAUUCAAAACUACCAAAAGACUGGGUCAAAAGUUUAUAUUUUAUGGAUUUUAUACGUGGUUUAUGUUUGUGGUUUUGUCACAAAUAGGUAUCUACUUACGAAAUCCUUCAAUAAAAUGUAAUAAUUAUUAAA